CUUCCACUCGGCCCCCCCCUUUGGGCUUUCAACCACCACUUCUUCUUCUUCUUCUCCCUAAUAAAAUACGGAAAACCACAUCUUCUAUUUAUUGAACUGCAUAAUUACAGAAAUCUCUAGAACGAAAGAUACAAACAAAAAUCCGGUUUCUUUCUUUUUUUGGGAUUUUUGAUUCCCCCCCGGAAUUUCUGUUGCCAUUUCUCUGUUUUCGUCGCUUUUUGUUUUGAAAAAAUAAAAAUAAAAAAAUCCUGGCUGGAUAGUGGGAUAUUCUUGUUUGACUUCCAUCUUGUGUCCAUAAGAAUUUUUCCUCUUUUCCUCCUUUUCUGAUUCUUUUAAACUUUUUUUUUGGGGUGAACAAGUCUUCCUGUACAUAACCCAUUUGGAAGAUAUGAGUGAAUUCUAAAUUUGUUCGGUUCCGGCGAGUUGACUCAGUCAAUGACUCGGCAGGUGGACGAUACGGUUGAGUCUCCGACGUUGAACCGGAGGCAUACGUUGCUACCGGGGAAUGUUCAUACGGGGAGAGACGACAAGGAGAAUAAUGAUAACGGGAAUGGGAGUAGGAUCGGGGAGGUCGCCGGAGGGACGGCGGCGGAGUGCGCCGCCGUGUGUUGCUGCUGCCCCUGCGCCCUCAUGCACCUGAUCGUUUUAGCCGUCUACAGAGUCCCCGCCGGACUUUGUAGGAAGGCGAUUAGGAAGCACAAGAGGAAGAAAUUGCUGCGGAGGAGGAAGAACGAUCUGUUGUCGGACGAGAAUUCACGGAAGAGGAUGAACGGCCAUGAUGCCGUUGCGUAUGGAUUCGACCACCACCACGGCGACGAAUCGGACGGCGGCGAUGAUAAUCCCAAGGGGGCUGCCGUUGAUCUCGAUUCGGAGAUGUGGGACCGUUUUUAUGGGGCAGGUUUUUGGAGGAGUUACUCUAGGAGAGAAGAAUGAAUUGCUUGCUAGGAGAGAAGAAUGAAUUAUAAAAUCAAUCAAAAAAAAGCGCAUUUCUUAUUGUGGGUUGAAGAAAAUGGAUUUGAUCAGGAAGCAAGAACGAUGAUCAUCGUCCUAAUUGGAGUUUUUGCAAUGAUUGAUUGAUGAUUCGAUUGAUUACCAAGUUUAGUGGUUAUGGCCUAUACAGAAUCCACUUUAUAUUGAAUGCCUGAAUUUUUGUGGUCUGUCUGUAAUUGGUAUUGUACAUAAUGAUCAAGGGGAAGUGGGGACUCGGUUUUCAUUGAAAUGAGAUCGUGGAUUAUGGAAAACAAGAACGAUGACCAUCGGUAACAUUUCCGAUUAGAGUUCUUGCUAAAUGUAUGAUCUCUCUAUAGCUUAGCAAUCGGUAGCAUAUUGCAUAUUGCAUAAUGUAUACAAUCUGCGUUUACUGUACGGUUUUUGUCCCAUUACGGAUGUUUCCGUUUAGAUUGUUGUUUUGGCUUGUGUUGUGUGUAUUUGUGUGUUUGAGAUUUGAGAUUAAUUUUAAAGAUACUUUUGAACCCAAAAAAAAAAAAACAGGAUCUCGGCAAUCACAUUGAAUACAAGAGAUCCUGUUUAAACAUUCCGAAUUUGCAAGUUACUAUCUCUAGUAUCAAUCCAAAAGGAAUGGGAAUACAGUACGAAGGUAGGCUUCUCCGUUCUCUUUUUGAGAGAUCUAUCUCUUUGUCUGGAAUGGAAGAAUUGGACAAAGAACAACAUUCAAUACAAGAGAAACUUACUAAAUUAGUCCCCUAGUCAAUGUUGUAGUUCUGUACGUUGGUUAAAACUAAAAACAGUUAAAAAUUUUGUAUAUAUGCACAGUUAAAAUUCUAUAUUUAUGGUGA